GAGUCGCGGGCAACAUGGCGGCGCCGGGGCAGGAAGAAGACCGAGAGCAGGAUGCUGUAGGUGAAAAGAAGAUUAUUAAUCAGACAUUUCUUUCUCUUUCCCAAAUUACUGCUUUGUCAGAACAAAAUGUAGAAGGAGUUCAAAAAAUGCUGGAAGAAUUUCUGAAUUUUAAACAAUUAAAGACAUCUUUGAAAGAAGCUAUUUUGCUAGAUUAUUAUACUGCGGGAUUUUGGUGGGCUAAAGAAAGGAACUUCAGUGUCAUACAGCUCUCAGGAUUCAUGGAUCUAUUAAAUUUCCUGUUGGAGAACCUCAGUGACAAACAUAUGACCUUAGGAGAUAAUUUAAAAGAACUUGGAAAAGCAAUGGCUGGAAUAGGAGAAACUGAUUCAGAAAGAAAUGGUGACUUGAAGAUCUUCAGCAUUGAGCAAGCCAAAGCAGUCAUUGAUUACUUGAAUAUCAGCUUAUUUAAACACUAUAAACUAUAUGAAUACCUCUUCCACAGUCCUAGAGAAGAACUUGUGAUAAGUAAUGAGUAUGUGGUUGAACUUCCCCAACCUUCAGUUCCCCCUUUCCCUCCUCUGCUGGAAGAUGGCAUACCUUCAGAUAUCUAUUCAUCGUUCAUAAUAUCACCAACAGCUACAGAGACAGAAUCUAAGGGGUCUGAUCAAGAAGAUUACCUUGAAGAGCCUUGUCCAGAAGUAGAGUCCUUCAAGGCAGGUGCUGUGGCUGGUGUCGCUGCUGAAGAUCAGAAGUCCGCAGUGGGUGAAAUCCCAAGUGAAAUUAUUGGCAACCUUGAGGCAGAGAUAAAUGAAAAGCUGCAAAUGCAAGAAGAAGCUUAUACUUUGAGAACGGAAAAAUUAGAAAGUCUUAAAUAGCCAGAUAAGAAAGGUGAUGUUGAAUUUUACAGAAAUUGGACAGUAGGGGAUGGCGUGCACAGAAGACUGGCUCCCUGCCUGAACGUAAUUAUUUUUGUAUAAAGGAAAAUGGUUCUGUUAACAUUUACCUAGAAAUAGUUCAUCCCAGUUCCUCAAAUUUACUGUGUUCUGCCAGUGUUGUCAUUUAGUUUAGACUUAAGUAGAAGAUUAUAAACAGAAGGAUAUGUAAUUAAAACAUGUUGAAGUUCAGUUUAUUUCUGAAUAGAAAUCCUAAUUUAAAAAAAAAAAAAAAAAGCAAGCUGUAGUUUCAUUCUCUUCUGUUUUUCCAGUUGUGAAAUAGUUAACAGAUUCUACUUUACACUCAUGGUUUUUUUCAGGUAAUUUUGCCAGGAGAGUUCAUAGAGAGAAAACAUCGUUUUGCGGCACUGCAGAUAUAUUAAAGACAGAAUUUAAUUAACAUGUAAUUACACACUUUUCACUGCAGUUAUUCUUUAAUCAUAAGUAUGUUAUUUCAUUUUAAAUUGCUUCUUAAGCUUUAAAACAAAUUUCAUAUCUUAUGCUUCUUUAUUUCCACCAUAUUAAAAUUGCUUAAAAGAAGAGUUUGCAUGUUUACAAUAUUCUCGAGUAGAGUUCCUCUCGAAUUCAGUGGAAAUUUUUCUGGAAUGCAUGUAACCUUUCAUCUGAGAAU